AUGGCUGCUAUGAAUUAUGUUGUUACCGUUCAACGGCCAACAGCCGUAACGGCUAUAACAACUGGUCAUUUUACAUCACCAACUGAUUUUAAUUUAAUUGUUGCUAAAAAUACACAUUUUGAAAUUUAUAUUAUUAGUUCUGAAGGUUUAAAAUUAGUUAAAGAUGUUUGUAUUUAUGGACAAAUUCAUAUUCUCAAAUGUUUUCGAUUACCUAAUAUGAAUAAAGAUAUAUUAUUUAUUUUUACUGACAAAUAUCAAGGAAUGAUCUUAGAUUGUCGAAAAACGAAUCAUGAUCAAUAUGAAAUUUUAACUAAAUGUCAUGGAUUAUUAAAAGAUACAGGUCGACAGACAGUUCGACAACCCUUAUGUACAAUUGAUGCUAAACAUGGUCUUAUUUUAUUACGUAUAUUUGAAGGAGUUAUUAAAUUAAUUUACUUAAAAGAUUUAUCUUCAAAAGAAUCAUCAUCAAAAAGUUUAGAAGCUUAUAAUGUUAAAAUUGAUGAACAAAAUAUUAUUGAUAUACAAUUUUUACCUGGACAUCAAAAACCAACAUUUAUUGUUUUACAUCCACGAGCAAAUGAAACAUCAGUGAUAAAUCAUGAUCAAGAAGAAUAUCAUAUACGUACAUAUCAAGUUGAAUUAAAAGAAAGAGAUAUUACGAAAUUAAUUUGGAAACAAGAUAUGACAUUGAGUGAAGCAUCAUUUGUUAUUCCAAUUGGACAAGAUAAUUUUAGUUGUAUUGCUAUUGGAAGAAAUGCAGUGGCUUUAUAUAAAGAAAAUGAUCGACCGUUAGAAGUUGAAUCAUCUUUACUUGAUGAUGAAGCUUCAAUCAUUGGUUAUUGUCCUAUUGAUGAAGAUGGUUGUCGUUAUUUAUUAACUGAUUAUUCUGGUAAACUUUAUUUACUUGUGCUUGAACGUGAUAAACGUAAUGGAAGUUCAUCAACAACUAUAACCGAUAUCAAAUUGGAUCUUCUUGGUGAAACAUCUAUGUGUGAAUAUAUAACUUAUUUAGAUAAUGGUGUUACUUUUAUUGGAUCACGAUUUGGUGAUAGUCAACUUAUACGACUAUUACCAGAACCACAAAAUGGAAGUCAUCUAGAAAUACUUGAAUCUUAUACAAAUCUUGCACCGAUUGUUGAUAUGUGUGUUGUAGAUUUAGAACGACAAGGUCGACAGUUAAUAACAUGUUCUGGUAAUGGAAAAGAUUCAUCAUUACGUUUUAUUCGAACUGGUAUUGGGAUUCAUGAACAUGCAUCAAUAGAUUUACGAAAUAUCAAAGGAAUUUGGGCAUUAAAAAUCGACAAUCAUUAUGAUAAUCAUCUUGUUGUUGCAUUUUUUGAUCAAACAAGAUUAUUUCAUUUACAAAAUGAUGAAAUUGAAGAAGUUGAAUUAUCAGGAUUUGAUUUUCAACAUCAAACAUUAUUUUGUGCUAAUGUUAUAUCUGAUCAAUAUUUACAAAUAACAACACAUUCGAUACGUUUAAUUGGUAAUAAUGGAAAAGAUUUACUGAUUGAAUGGAAAAAUGAACAGAAUGAAAUAACUGUUGGUUCAUCAAAUACAACUCAAUGUGUAUGUGCUAGUGGAAAUCAAUUAUUUUAUUUUGAAAUUGGUCGAUCUAGUUUAACUGAAAUCAAUAAAUGUAAACUACCAUAUAAUAUAGCAUGUUUGGAUGUAACACCAUUGAAUCCUCAAGAAGAACGUACUAGUCUUUGUGUUGUUGGUCUUUGGACACAAAUAUCAGUUUGGAUUUAUCGUUUACCAACACUUGAUGUUUUACAUAAAGAACCAUUGACAUCAGAUACAUUACCACGAUCAGUAGUAAUGAUAACAUUUGAUUCUCAACCGUAUGUUGUUAUUUCAUUAGCUGAUGGUCCUAUAGUUUAUUAUUUACUUGAUACUGAACAAGGAAUUUUAUAUGAACGAAAAAAAGUUUCAUUAGGUACAAAACCAACAACUUUAACAGUAUGUCAACGAACAGAUUUAUCACCAAAUAGUACAUCAUCAUCAAAUGAUCCUUCAACACAACGUACAGUUUUAUUUGCUUGUAGUGAUCGUCCAUCAGUUAUAUCAUCAUCAAAUACAAAACUUGUAUUUUCUGCUGUUAAUCUACGUGAAAUUGUUUGUAUGUGUUCAUUUCAUUCAGAAUAUUAUGGAGCAAGUUUAACAUUAGUUACCGAUAUGGGACUUAUACUUGGUCGAAUAGAUGAUAUACAAAAGUUACAUGUACGUUCAUUAGUAUUAGGUGAACCAGCAAGACGUAUUGCAUUUAUGGAAGAAGAAAAAGCUUAUAUUAUUUUAACACAAUAUAUGGAUAUAUUUCAAACAGAUAAUAUAACACCAAUUAGUAAACAAGCACAUCAAAAAAUAGAUUGUACAACAACAAUAAAAAAUAUUAAUGAUAUUAUACCUCCAUCACAAAAUGAUGUUAUUGAUUCAAUUGUAAUCUUAGAUCAACAUACACAUGAAGCUCGUGUAUCAGUUCGAUUAUUAAAUCGUGAAGAAGCUUUAAGUGUAUGUGUAAUAACAUUUGCUGAUGAUCUUUCAUCGUCAUAUAUUGCUGUUGGUACUGCAAUUAUAUUUGAAGAUGAAGAUACACCAAAAGUUGGUCGUGUUAUAUUAUAUCGUUAUAAAAGUGGUCAUUUAAAUAUGGUUACUGAAAAAGAAUUAAAUGGUGCACCACAUGCUAUGUUAGCAUUUCAGGGCAAACUUCUUAUUGCUGUUGGUAGUUCUAUACGUUUAUAUAAAUUCUCACCACAAAAUCAUGAAUUAAUACAAUUAACACAAUAUUUAGGACAUAUUGAUUGUUUACAAGUGAAAAUAAAAGAUGAUUUUGUUUUAUUUAAUGAUUUAAUGAAAUCUAUAACUGUAUUACGAUAUAAUACUGAUGAAGGAAAAUUUGAAGAAAUUGCUCAUGAUGUUCAACCACAAUGGACGAUGGCAUGUGAAUUUUUUGAUGAUGAUACAUUUAUAUGUGCAGAAGAUGGUGGAAAUUUAAUUUCAUGUCAUAAAGAUAGUGGUUCAACAAAAGAAAAUGAAAGAAAUGUAUUGAAAGAACUUGGAUUAUGUCAUUUAGGAGAAAAUAUUAAUGUAUUUCGACAUGGUUGUCUUGUAACACAACAAACAGCAGAAUCAUCAAUAUCAGUCGAUACAUGUACUUUAAUGGGUGGAGUAUCGGGUUAUAUUGGUCUUCUUCUUCAAUUAACUCCACCAUUAUAUCAAUUACUUAUGUCAGUACAAUUAGCUUUAGCUGAAUAUGUUCCAAGUGUUGGUAAAAUUGAUCAUGGUACAUGGCGUUCAUUUGAAUCGGAUGGACGUUCAGAUGUUUCAUGUGGUUUUGUUGAUGGUGAUCUUAUUGAAACAUAUCUUGAUUUACCAAAAUCAGUACAACAAGAUCUUAUUAUAGAUUUACGCGGAGAAAAUAAUACUCAAAUCAAUACAACAGUCGAAGAACUAGUCAAAAUUAUCGAAGAACUUGCACGAAUACAUUAG